CCGUCUCGCGCGAGGCGACGGCGGCUGAGGCGAGUGUGGUGGACGCGCCGCCGAAGGAGCGGCCGGCCCGAGGAGCUGCCUGAGGUUUUGAGAACCUAAUUCAACUUCAAAAUGUUUAACAAAUCGUUCGGGACGCCUUUUGGAAGCGGCACAGGGGGCUUUGGGACAACUUCCACUUUUGGACAGAAUACCGGCUUUGGCACGACGAGCGGAGGAGCAUUUGGGACAUCCGCUUUUGGAUCAAACAAUAAUACAGGAGGACUCUUUGGGAGUACGCAGGCCAAGCCAGGAGGGCUGUUUGGUUCAAGCACGUUCAGCCAGCCAGCCACGUCCUCCACCAGCACCGGCUUUGGGUUUGGAACGUCAACAGGGACUUCCAGUGGCUUGUUUGGGACUGCGAGCACCGGAGGAGGACUCUUCUCAUCCCAGAACAAUGCCUUCGCACAGAGUAAACCCGUGGGGUUUGGCAACUUUGGGACAAGUACGAGCAGCGGUGGUUUAUUUGGAACCACCAACACAACUUCCAACCCAUUUGGGGGCACAUCUGGCUCCCUCUUUGGAUCCACUAGCUUUACCACUGUUCCAACUGGCACUACCAUUAAAUUCAAUCCACCAACCGGUACUGACACAAUGGUUAAAUCUGGAGUCAGUACAAACAUCAGCACAAAACAUCAAUGCAUUACGGCUAUGAAGGAAUACGAAAGUAAAUCUCUUGAGGAACUCCGCUUGGAAGAUUAUCAAGCAAACCGCAAAGGACCCACCAACCCCGUAGGAGCCGGAGCCACUCCUGGGCUGUUUGGAGCAUCUACCGCGACGUCCAGCGCCGCCACAGGACUCUUCGGCUCCUCCACUACUAACACUGGUUUUUCGUACGGGCAGAAUAAAACGGGCUUUGGAACCAGCACGACAGGGUUUGGAGCAGGAACGGGGGGCCUCUUUGGGCAGACCCAGCAAACCACCAGCCUUUUCAACAAGCCCUUUGGCCAGGCGACAACAGCACCGAACACUGGCUUUUCGUUUGGGAACACUGGCACCAUUGGACAGCCCAAUACAAACACCAUGAGCUUGUUUGGAGCAACGCAGCCCUCGCAAACCGGAAGCCUUUUUGGAACAACUGCAAAUACGAAUACUGCAACUGCCUUUGGAACUGGGACGGGUCUCUUUGGACAAGCCAACACAGGAUUUGGUGUUGGUGGCUCGUCCCUUUUUAGCAACAAGCCUGCUGGAUUUGGGACGACCACCACCAGCGCACCCUCGUUUGGAACAACAUCUGGCAGCCUUUUCGGGUUUGGGGCAAGCACCACUGGAAAUAGCCUGUUUGGAAACAAGCCUGCGGCUGGGCCUCUGGGAACUGGACUUGGAACAGGAUUUGGGACAGCCCUUAGUGCAGGGCAGACUUCGUUGUUUGGGAGCACCCAGCCUAAACUAGGCGCCACUGUGGGGACAGGAGCAUUCGGUGCCCCUGGAUUUAAUACAGGAACAGCCAGCCUGGGCUUUGGAGCUCCCCAGCCUGCCGUGGCUUUGACAGACCCAAACGCAUCAGCGGCCCAGCAGGCCAUUCUUCAGCAGCAUCUCAACAGCCUGACUUACUCGCCUUUUGGGGACUCCCCUCUCUUCAGAAACCCCAUGUCUGAUCCCAAGAAGAAGGAAGAGAGACUGAAGCCAACCAAUCCCGCAGCCCAGAAGGCAUUGACCACCCCCACUCACUACAAGCUGACCCCUCGACCUGCAACAAGAGUGCGGCCGAAAGCCUUGCAGACGACAGGAUCCUCUAAAUCACAACUCUUUGAUGGCCUGGAUGAUGAUGAGCCAGCCCUGUCCAAUGGGGCUUUCAUGCCCAAGAAGAGCAUCAAGAAGCUAGUUCUGAAGAACCUCAACAACAGCAGCCUCUUUUCUCCUGUCGGCGGUGAAGCGGAUGACCUUGCCUCUCCUUCGGAGUAUCCUGAAAACGGGGAACGAUUCCACUUCCUCUCCAGGUCAGUUGAUGAGAACCACCGACCAGACGGAGAGCAGGAGGAGGAGGAGGGUCAUCACGAAGUGACGAGUUUCUACACCAACCCCAUCGCUAAGCCCAUCCCGCAGACUCCAGAGAACCUCAUACACAAGCACCAGAACCAUGUGGACGACACCAUCAUGGCCCUGAACAUGCGAGCGGCCCUGCGGAAUGGGCUGGAAGGCAGCAGCGAAGACGCCUCCUUCCCUGAGGAGUCCCUGCAGGAUGACCGGGAAGAGGAGAAUGAGAACAUGCACCAAGCACACCCGGCAGGGAUUUGUUUAACUCGAGUGGGCUACUACACGAUUCCACCGAUGGAGGAGCUGGCCAAAAUGACGAACGACAAGGGAGAAUGCGUGGUGACCGACUUCACCAUAGGCCGUAAAGGCUAUGGCUCCAUCUACUUUGAAGGAGAAGUUAGUCUUACUGACCUGGAUCUCGACGAGAUCGUGCACAUCCGCAGGAAAGAAGUUAUUGUCUACCCGGAUGAUGAGCUGAAGCCACCGGUUGGAGAAGGUCUAAACAGGCGAGCUGAAGUCACUCUGGACGGGGUUUGGCCAACUGAUAAAACCUCUCGCGGCUUGAUCAAGAGCCCAGAGCGCCUGGCAGAGAUGAACUACGAAGGCAGGCUGGAGGCAGUCUCUCGAAAGCAGGGAGCCCAGUUCAAGGAAUACCGCCCAGAGACCGGCUCGUGGGUAUUCAAGGUGGCCCACUUCUCCAAAUAUGGCUUGCAAGAUUCUGACGAAGAGGAGGAGGAGCACCCAUCAAAAGUGGAGGCAAAGAAGCUAAAAACUGCCCCGGCACCCCCACCAGGGCAGCCCCAGCAAGUGGCCCUGAGUGGGAAGCUAGUGCUCUCUUCUCAGCAGAGCCCAGAGGUCGAACAACUAGGCAAGGCCGUGGAGCUCGACAGCGAUAUGGCCGACGUCACGGAAGCAGCUCCGGAGUUUUCCGCAGAGGAGAGCCUUGCGGAGGAGCAGGAGCUGGUGCCGGCUUCCACACACAUCGCGUCCUCUCUGGAGAUCAAUCCUCACACCUUGCAGAUCAUGAAGGCCUCUUUGCUUGUAGAUGAGGAGGAUUUGGACCUGAUCCUAGACCAUGGUUUUGGUAGGCAGCUUACCCCCGUGGACAGCCCCCAAGCGAUCUGUUCUCCUAGACUUCCAAUCUCCUCUUUGUCACGAGGGCAGAGAAGCCGCCCCGCAGUUGGCGGGCUGCUACAGUCGAGGCUCUCGAGUGGCUCCUUCCUCCUUCCAGCUACUUCCCUCCAAGAGGGCCGCAGUCGAAGGACUUCCUUGCUCAGUGUCGCCCCACCUGUGCCGCCCUGGCCCACGCUUUCUCCACUAGCUUCUGCUUUCACAGUACCCAGCUCGGCACCCGACAUACCAUUGAAAGUAGUGGGUAUCCGCAGGCAGCCUGGCCUGGUACCCCUGGAAAAAUCUGUUGCCUAUGGGAAAGGAAAGCUGCUAAUGGACAUGGCGCUCUUCAUGGGGCGCUCCUUCCGUGCUGGCUGGGGACCCAACUGGACUCUUGCCCACAGCGGAGAGCAGCUGAGCAGUUCCAGCGAUCUGGCAGACAACCCUGAUGUGUCCAUGGAGUAUGGGUUCCUGCCAGCGCCCGUUGCUCCUAAGCAGCUCUCAGAGUCCCCCUUCAAAGUUCACAUAGAGAAGUUGAGUUUGGAAGGAAAGACAGCAGAUGGCGACCAGCGCUUGUACCUCGUUCCAUUGGAGAUCAAGCUGAAGCAUAGCACUGUCCACAUGGACGAGCCGUGUCCUCUACUGACCCCCAAUCCCGGAGUAACGGCCAUCCAUGAAUACGCCGGAUGUGCCAGGGAGGCGUCUGGAGACCCAGAGGAAACGGAAGCUGUGGUAAAGCAUUGGUGCUUGGUGUGGACCUUGUGCGAGGCACUUUGGGGGCACUUGAAGGAGUUGGAGGCCCACUUGGAUGAGCCCACCGAGUACAUCGUGGCUCUGGAACGCCGGAAGGCCUUUUCCCAGUGGCUCUCGCAGGCGGCUUCUGAGCGAAUAGAGGAUGAAGUCUCUCUCAGCCAGCACGACAGCCCUGCCGAGGCGGUCUUCAGCUACCUUACUGGAAAGCGGAUCAGUGAAGCCUGCGGGCUGGCCCAGCAGUCUGGGGAUCACAGGCUGGCGCUGCUCCUCUCUCAGCUGGUUGGCAGCCAAGAGGUUCGGGAACUCCUGGCCAUGCAGUUGGCGGACUGGCACCAGCUGCAGGCAGACGGCUUCAUCCAGGAGGAGAGGCUGCGCAUAUUUGCCCUGCUAGCUGGCAAGCCGGUGUGGCAUUUGUCAGAGAAGAGGAGCAUCAACGUCUGUUCCCAGCUGGACUGGAAGCGUGCUCUUGGCAUUCACCUCUGGUACCUGCUUCCCUCCACAGCACCUCUUUCCCAGGCCCUCGGUCUGUACGAAGCGGCAUUCCAGGACUCCUCCGCGUGUGAUAAAUAUGCUUGUUCUCCGUUGCCUCCGUAUCUGGAAGGUUCGGGCCACGUGGCUGAGGAAGGUGAUUCUCAGCACUCCCUGCAGGACGUGUGCUUUCACCUGUUAAAGCUAUACAGUGACAGGUGUUACGAUCUCCAUGAAUUGCUGGACCCUAGGAGUAUCACUGCCGAUCCCUUAGACUACCGCCUCAGUUGGCACCUGUGGGAAGUGCUGCGUGCCUUAAAUUACACCCACCUGUCGGAGCAGUGCCAGGGCGUGCUGAACGCCAGCUAUGCAGCCCAGCUGGAGCGAGAGGGGCUGUGGGAAUGGGCUGUCUUUGUACUUCUUCACACGCCUCACGCGCACACGCGCGAGAGGGCCGUGCGUGAGCUCUUGAACCGUCACUGCCUGCUCCUGGAGACGCCCGAGUCCUGGGCCAAGGAGGCUUUCCUCAUGGAGCGGCUGUGUGUGCCGCCAGAGUGGAUCUACGAAGCCAAGGCUGUGAGGGCCAGAAUGCAGCGGGACAAGCACAAAGAGGCCCUGUACUUGUCCAGAGCCGGGCACUGGAACCAGUGUCACAGACUGGUUGUCAAGCACUUGGCGGCAGAUGCCAUUAUCAAUGAAAACUACACUUACCUAAAGGGGUUCCUGGAAGACAUGUCUGCCCCGCAGCGCAGCCGACUGAUCCAGGACUGGGAGACUGCCGGGCUGGUUUUCUUGGACUACAUCAGAGUCAUCGAGAUGCUUAGCAGGAUUCAGCAGCUGGAUUGCUCUGGAUACGAGCUGGAGGAUUUGCACACCAGAGUGGUGUCCCUGUGCGAGAGGGUGCAGCAGGUCCAGUGCUGCAGCGCCAAGGACAGACUGGCUCAGUCAGAAAUGGCCAAGAGCCUCGCUAACAUCCUGCGCGUGGUGUUGAGCCUGCAGCACCCUCCGGACUCUGCCUCGGACGCCAUCCCCGACAUCCAGAGAGUGCCAUUGCGCUUGCUUGCCCCCCACAUCGGCCAGCUCCCUAUGCCUGAGGACUACGCCUUGGAGGAGCUCCGGGGUCUCACGCAGUCCUACCUGCGGGAAUUGACUGUGGUUCAGUGAGGCGGGCCUGCCUCUGGAAGGACUGAUCCUCGCUGAACAGCCUCCUCCUCCUCCUCCUCCUCCUCCUCCUCCUCCUCCUCCUCUGGGCCCUGCUUUCGAAGGCUGAACUCGCACCCCCUUUACAGCAGCACCUUCACUGGCCGCGCAGGACUCCUUUCGGCCCCCGGGGGCGGUGAAGCUGCCUCUCAGCUGGCUCCCACUUGGAACCACAGAAUUGGAGCGUAAAGACCUGGAUCUGCAGGGGUGUGUGUGUGUAUGUGGGGGGGGGGGGGCUGUUCCCAAGCCCCUCGCCUCCCUCUGUGCUCGCUAGUGUUAAUAAAGCCUCUUCUGCCGCUGCAGUCUGCUGGGCGGUCGUCCGGCCUCAUGUCAGAAUCUCCGAAGUGACGAGGGAAGCCGGUGGGCGGGCGGGCGGCCAGGUGCCACCUUUGGCAGAGCUUUCAUCAGAGGGCACGUUUUGACAGCAGGUGGAGGUGGCGGGGCUUAAAGUAUAUCCUAGAGGCUGGGAGGUCAGCGAGGGAGCUUCUCCGGCACGCGCGUGCCUUACAGGGCCGGCCAGAGCUGGGCUGGGCCACUUGGUCCUCGGGAGGGAGGAGGGCCUUGCCUCUGAGUGCAGCACGCCCAGGCCCAGCUGGAGACGCAGCCAGCACACGGAGGCCUCUUCUGGGUGAGGGGGACAAAGCGGCCUCAGGGUGCUUGGAGGGAGCUGCAGUGCUGGAGCCUUCUACUUUUGAGACGGGGGGGGGGCCUCCUUCCUCCCUCAAGAGAAGGCUUUGGGGGGGUGGCAUUUUUAAAGGGAGGUGCCUGGCAGGUAGCUUGGCAAAUGCUGGGGCCCAGCCUGCCCAGUUCUUGGUGGUGGGUCUCCUUGCAGCGUGGUUUUAUUAGCUGCGAAAAAGGGACGUUGUGACAAGAGGGGGGUGAACGGGGAAGGAGCAGAAAACCUUCCAAGUCCUGUUUUGUAUGCCUCGAAGCCUGAAUCUGAGUGAGCCAGCCACGCCAGCUCCGAUGCGAGGGGGCUGCAGCCCUCCCCGCACCAUGAACUGGGACUGCUGUGGGGGAGUAGAUGAGCGUGUUGAGUGUCAGCAAAGCGGGUUGCGCAUGAAGCUUAUGUAAAGGUUUUUAUUAAGACUAUAAAUAAAUGAUCCAGAUUAUUUUCUUGUCUGUUUUCUGGAAAUACUUUCUAAGAAAAAUAAAAUGUUUAUAGCA